AUGAAUGACAGGCGCAUGGAUGCAGUCGAUGCUUUGCCUCUCGCAAUUCCUCAUAUCGUGUUGGCCUCCAAGGACGAACCAGCCGAGGCAGUUGCAGGAUAUGCAAAGACAAUUGAGAGCAGUUCUAAAGGUGGAGUUGUUGAGACCUACUCCAAAAUGUGGCAUGGGUGGAUGAGUGCUCGUGCGGACCUGGAUGGGGAGGAGAGUCGAGUUGAAUACAUUCGGGGGUGA